UAAUCAGUCGCACAGACAGAAAAAAAAAGUAAAUGAAUGAGCAAGACAAGUUGGUGUGAUUGAUGCAUUUUAAUUUUAUAAAGUUUCUUCAUAAAAUAUAAGAUUAUCCAUUAUCUAUUGAUAUGUGAUAAAUAGUGCAUCUGUUUCUAAAUAUAGUUCAAAUAACUGAACGGGAAACCAAGUUAUUCCCGGUAUAUAAACAACAACUGUUUUGUUGAUUUUGGAACAAACACUUUAUGAAUGUAACUUCGCUAUAAAUGAAAAAUGGCCCAAAGUUCACACGGAGGUAGUCACAGGCGCAGCAGAGACCACGAUGGAGGCGCCAUGCGGUAUACAAACACUGAUUGGGAGGCCAAAGAGGCUCUCUAUCAACGAGAACUGGAUGAAGCUCGAGCCAGGGCCACGCAGAUGGAGAAAACCAUGCGCUGGUGGUCCGACUGCACUGCUAACUGGAGAGAGAAAUGGAGCAAAGUACGCAACGAAAGGAACAAAGCUCGAGAGGAGUCUAAACAAUUAAAGAGUAAAGUAGACGCACUCACCAAAGAGCUGACCACGUCCAAAACAGAAAAGAAUGAUCUAGAACAACAACUAAUAGAACUGAAACGAGACAACGAAAAGCUUUUAAGUUUAGGAGAAAGUAGGAUACUAGCAGGCGAUCUCACCACUGAGGACGGUGUAGAGUUGAGGCGGAAGAACGUGGGGUAUCUCUCGCCUAAUGAACCUUCCAUACGACAGAGGGCGUCGUUAGACUCGCACAAAUUCUCAAACGUAGAUAAUGUCCUCGCGAACAAAUUGAGUGAGCUCCGGUUAAGGCUAGACGAAACCUGCAAGUCCCUUCAAAGCGAGAAAGAUGAAAAAGCAUUCCUACUCUCAAAGAUCGAAAAUUUAACGGCAGAACUACACAAUACCAAGGUGGAAAUGGCUCAUAGCGAUAGAACAUUAGGAUCCACAGACUCAAGCCAUAGCGAGGUAGAAAGGCUACAAAAUGAACUGCAGGACGAAAUAGCAGCCAAACAGGUCUUAGCAGAGAAAAUAGCGGAACUCAAAAUGGAGAUAGAAAGGCUAAAAUCUGAGAACACGAUACAGUGGAGCAAGCGAGAGCUGCUCGAAACUGAGAAUAUAGCGAUAUUGAGAGAAAAUAAGAAGUUGUAUAGCCAAGUUUGUGAACUAAGGGAACAGAUACAUAAGCUGAACCGAAUAUCGGACGGGAGCGCUUACUUCAGCGAUCAGAACAGGCUAGAUUCAAAUAUACUUUACGUUAGAAAGACUAGCGCGAGUCCUAGGUCCCAUGAAUCGAGUAACGGCUCAUCGGAAGCCAAUUUGCACUGCGACGCUAAAACAAACACUUCGGGCGAAGACGACGAAUUAGCAAUAGUGGAAAGAAACGAUAAUUGCUGAACAAAUACCUUUUCUCAGCUUAUUUCCUGAUUCGUAGCAAGAACACAAGUUAUCACGGUUCUGUCAAAAUUGAAUUAAGAAGUAGUUGCGUCAUGUAUUCUUCUUAAUCGAAAUUAGAGUGCGAGGUAGUCGAAGGAGGUUGUAUUUCAGUGUCGUUGUUUACGGUUCUCGUGGGUGAGUAGAAGGAAUUGUAGUAUCUAUUAGUACAUGGAAUAGAGAUCUCAUUGGCAUAGCUCGAUAGCAGUCAUCAAUAUUAUUUAAUGUGUAAUACAUAGUACCGACGACUUUAUGCAAUACAGGGAUAAUAGUUGAGAUGUAUCAAGUUCUGCCCAAGUUUUAAUGGUCAAUUUAGAAUUUUAGUAAACAGACAGUAAACUGGAAGAUUAAGGUAAGCGUCCACAGGCCCGCAUCGUACGCAUUCCGUAUGACGUCAUCAGUGCGCAUUUCAUGUAGGUAUUGUGACGUCAUCAGCACGCUACGCAUCGCAUGUAUGUAUUGCUGAUGACGUCAUGGAAUGCGUACGAUGCGGACAUUUGGACGCUUACCUUUAAACAGAAAAUAUGCGAUAAAUACUGAUAGUCUUCAGAUAUUUAAAAAGCAAAUAAAUCGUCAUAGAAAAAAAGCAGUGCCGCGCGUCUUUACGGCCUAGUUUUAUUUAUAGUUCCGACUUCCGACUUCAUAGAUCGUAAACCAGCCAAAUUAAUGUGUUAUAGUUAGAUUCAGAAAUAAAUUGACGCCAAAAUAAACGAAUGCAUUUAAAAUCAUUCCAUUGCGUUCCAUUUGAAACGAAAUACGUAUUAGAGGGUACAAGAUACAAGUACCUAUUUUAUGCUUAACAUUUUAGCUGUAUGCUAAAUUAAAUUACACGUCAGGUAAGGUUACAGUGUACGGAAAUGUGUUUUUAAGACUACAUUACAUACUUAUAUUAUUUAACACAUUAAACGCCGUGGUGGUCACCGGUGACCGACGUUAGCGGAGGAUUUGCCUUCAACAGUUUUCUAUUGGCAGUCAAAGACUUAUUUUUUGAUGGGGGAAAAUCAUCCAAUGACUUCUCCCGCUUUGGGAGAGGCGAGAAGGAGUUUCAGACUCUUACUGACUAAAAACCACCCCUACUUUUUGAGCCAUAGCCUUGGUAACUCGCUAAGUCGUCCGCAGCUCCGUAAGUAACCUUACCUUGACGUGGUAGGAUAAAGAAAUUACCUAAUAAAGUAGGUACUCCAUUAAUGUGACGAUUAGAACAAGAUAACACAUUAAUUAUUAUGUUAUCGGCUUACUCACGUAACUGUUUGACGAGGAACUCGACUAGUUUCAAG